AGGUGGCCUCACUCUGAAGAUGUCUGAUACAGAGAUUAGUAGAGCAAAAUUUUGUCCGGAAAAAUGUUUUGAUCCAUUCAACAGCAGCAGCAGCAAAUUGGUCCACUUUUCUUUCAGAGUGUUCAGUGCCAAAGAAGUGAUCGAGUUCAUUCAAGUGUUGAUGGUGGUAUACAAAGGUUCCGAGUGUGGAAAGCUGGAAGUGGGAUCAUCAAAUUCAAAGCCAUAUGAAGGGGUUGCAUGGCCGAAAUUAUUAUCUAAUAUGCAGAGCAUUGUAAUGACUUUAAAUUUCAAUUUUGAUUCACUUUUUAAAAUUUGUGGUUUUAGGCAAUAUAAGAUUACUACGAUUUGCAUUGAGAUUUUGAACGAUAUACAAGUUGAAUAAUAUUAAAAUAUUAAACAACAAUGUGGUGGUAAAUUUGACAAUGUAUUAUUUUAUUAUUAUUUGUAAAAUAAAUUAUAAUCAAACUCUAUGAUCC